AGACAGCCGAAACACAAGCAAAUCUGGCAGUUCGAAGCCAGGAUCUAUUCCAGUUUCCAACUGCUCAAGGUACUCGACGCUGAGCAGGAAUCACCUCGGUCUGUUCUGUUGUAAGUCGUCUCUACUUGUCCCGUAGAUUAUUUCACGCCGCACUUCAGGCCGUGAAAAUGUCUGGGGAGGAGGAGAAGAUCGAGAAUCCCGCUCACCAGGAGGAGGAUGACGAUGCUCCCAAGGCUGACGAUGAGGACACUGGAGCUCACAUCGCUCCCAUUGUGAAGCUGGAGGAGGUUACCGUCUCCACCGGUGAAGAAGAUGAGAACACCCUCUUUGAGAUCAAAUCCAAGCUUUACCGGUUUGAUAAGGACGGAAACCAAUGGAAAGAGCGGGGUGUAGGCCAAGUGAAGCUCCUGGAGCACAAGGAGACGAAGAAGAUCCGGCUGUUGAUGCGGCAGCAGAAAACGCUGAAGAUCUGCGCCAACCACACAGUACUACCGACCAUGUCGCUUCAGGAGCACGCAGGGAGCGACAAGUCAUGGGUGUGGCACGCGCAGGACUUCGCUGAUGGAGAGCUGAAGAAGGAGCUCUUCACCAUGCGGUUCGGCUCGCCAGAAAGCGCUCAGAAGUUCAAGAGCGCAUUUGAGGAGGCACAGGAGAAGAUGGCGGCGAUUCUGGGAACCAAGGACACAGAUGCAGCCAAGGAGGUGGCGAAGGAGGCAGAGAAAACAGCAGAGGAGCUUGAGAAGCUGGCUGUCAAGAAGGAUGAGGACAAGCCUGCAGAGUCCUAAGUGGAACGUCUGUUUUGUAGAACUUUAUAUUGUAGGUUCUUUGCAGCCUCCUAGUCCGGUCGUCUUGCCUGUAUCUGUCUUGUAGGUUUCUCAUUGUUAUGAGUCACCACUAUACCUAGUUCGAGUCUGUUUGCCCGCACCAUUGGUUCUGGACAUUCUUCGGGUUGUAGGAGACCCGCUUGUAACGGUUCAUAGGGUUUUGUUUGACAGGCUACUAGGGUUUGAGAAGCCAAUUUGUCACGGGUGAAUUCCCGUUGUCCAGCAUGCCUGCAACACGCCGUCCAGUGUGCC